CGAUCUAGAUUCUUCUCAUGGCCCAUUCCACCACGCAUCUGCGGCCUCUAUUUACAGUGGAGCUUUUCAUGAACGAGCCUGGCAGCGGUGCCAGCCAGCACACUGUCUCGGAGCAGCCUCAGCCCUCCAGAGCCGGGGGGAGGGGCGCCUUCCUGCCCGGGCCUCGAGAAGGGGAGGAAGUGGCACUGGGAGGCCUAGAACAAGGGGCCUGGACCCUCAGUGAAGGACAAGUCCCCUCUCCACCCCUUCCCCCUGCACCCCUGCCAGCCCAGAGCCUGAAAUAAGAGAAAGACACCUAAGGCUCCGGGCCGCCGGGCGCUCCCGCCGGCCCUCUCGGCCCAGAGCAGCGGCCUCCCUCCGUCCGUGUCGCUGGCCCGCUCCAUCAUCCGCUUCUCCCAGCUCCUCUCCUGGGAGGGACCCAGCGCCCCCCAGGGCGGCUCCUGUGGCCCCACCCAUGCCACCAUCCCCAGGAGAGAGAGCGAGACCUCCAUCCCCAGCAUCCCUCAGGAGAGAGACCUCCGUUCCUGAGCUAGCCCAGCAAGGUACCAGGCUCUCCUGAUGAGAUGCGUCCCGUCCCCUGGGGCUCCGGGGUCGGUGUCCAGCGUCGCUGAUGCCACAGGCUACGCUCUGCAGGAUGGAUAGUCCCCCUAAACUGACCGGAGAGACUCUCAUCGUCCACCACAUCCCCCUGGUUCACUGCCAGGUCCCCGACCGGCAGGGCUGCAGCGGGAGCAAGCGGGCCAACCCCUUCCGCCUGUCCGAUCCCGGGGCCCCUCGCCCCAACCGAGACCUGGCGCAGGCCGACUCGCUGCUCUACAGCAGCCUGCUGUGUGCUCCCGGCGUACCCGUGGGGCCCCAGGAGAGCUCCGAGCACAGGACCCAAGGCGGUAGGGCGGCCGGGGCCUCCAAGAGGCACAACCCCUUCCUGCUGAAGGACGGCGAGGCAGGCCUCUGCGACCUGUACGUCGAAGACCCGGCCCCCGCCUCCUUCCGCCUGCACGGGGGCGGCCCGUCGGCGCUCCCCCUGCGGGAGCUGGGCCUGCCCCCCUUCCAGCUGCAGCAGCAGGGCACCGGCCCCGCCCGGGGGAGGCCCUGGGGCUCGGCCAGCCGCACCGGGGUGGUGGAAGGGCAAGAAGAAGAGCUGCUCAGUAACGCCGAGGCCCAGAGACACCGAAACGGGAACCGGUGCCCCCGGGCUUCCGAGACCACGGAGCUGGAUGACUGCGACUGCAGCCGGGGCCUCGGCGGCGGGUGCGGCCACGCCUGCGACCCCCCCGGCUUCCCCGCCGGUGGCGAACGGGAAUGGAAGCGCGGCUCGGACGACUCCCCGAGGAACCCCGGGGCCCCGGCCGGCCGGGACUGUAGCUGCUCCGGCUCGGAGGCCCGGCCCGGCCGCUCCGGCAGCACGUCCAGCCAGUCGGAGGCCACGGACCAGCCCAUGGGCUACGUCAGCGACUCGUCCUGCAACAGCUCGGACGGCGUGCUGGUCACUUUCAGCGCCCUGUACGACAAGCUGCACCGUCAUUCCCGCUCCAACCUCAACACCGCCCCGCUCUCCUGCGACUCUUCCGUCUGCAGCCACUCCGACCCCGGCACCUUCUACCUGGACCUGCACCCCUCCCCGACCGAGUCCAAGAUGUCGUGUGAGUCCCACCCCCAGGACGGCGGGGGCCGGGGCUGCGACUACCCCCCGACCUCUUCCCCGGGCCUGGACACCAACUGCAACUCCUACCGCCUGCACUGUGAGGCGGGAGCCCCGGGGGACUCCACCUCCUCCUCCGACCUCACCGCCUGCUUCCAGAGCCAGGCCCGCCUCGUGGUGGCCACGCAGAACUACUAUAAACUCGUCACCUGCGACCUGUCUUCCCAGUCGUCCCCCAGCCCCGCGGGCUCGUCCAUCACCAGCUGCUCGGAGGAGCCCACCAGGGGCAGCCCCGGCCCGGGCCCCGGCCAGCCCACCGAGUAUUACCUGUUCCGGAGGCCCGAGGAGGAGCCGGAGCCGGAGCCGGAGCCGGGCCGGGCCGCCGAGGGGGAGGGUUCCCCGGAGGGGACCGGGGCCGGCGCGGGGCCCGGUGUGAUCGAGGGGCAGGUGUAUGUCAAUGUGUCUCCCCCCAACCUCAACGGCGGCCGGCAGCGGUCGCGCAGCUACGACCGCAACCUGACCCGCAGCCCCCCGGCCCGGCCGGGCUCCCUGGAGCGCAUGCUGAGCUGCCCCGUGCGGCUGAGCGAGGGCCCCUCGGCCCUGGCGGCCCAGGGCUCCCCGGGGCCCCGGAGGGUCACCUCCUUCGCCGAGCUGGCCAAGGGUCGGAAAAAGGCCGGGGGCUCCCCUCCUCUGCGGGCCGGCGGGGACUCCUCCCUGGAAUUCUCCCCGAUCCCCGAGCGGCGGAGGGACGGUCCGGGCUUCCCGGAGGAGGGGGCCCGCCGCAGCCACAGCCUGCCGCCCAUGCCCUUCCUCCACUGUCUGGACCCCAGCCGGGAGGGUUUCGGGGACGGUCCCCAGCAGCCCUGUCCCCAGGAGCAGGGCUCCCUCGGCUUCGGGGCAGCCGGGCAGGCCCCCCUGGCUCUGAGGAUGGAGGAGGCGAGGCUCCCCUUCCCAGGGAACCCCGCAGGCACCAGCCGCGGACAGAGGGAUGCGAGAGCCCGAGCCGAUGGAGGAGCGGGAGCCGAGCCCAGACCUGUGGUGCGCUACAGCAAGGAGCAGCGCCCGACCACCCUGCCCAUCCAGCCCUUCGUGUUCCAGCACCAUUUCAGCAAACAGCUGCCCAAGGGCCGGCCCCUGCCCAGCCACUUCACUUCCAGCCUCUCCCAGCUCUACGGCCUCUCCGGGGGCAGCCGGGCCACCGCCGGCCCGCAGGCCUCCUCCACCUGCCAAGCCCCGGCCGGCUCCUCCUCCGCGGGGGAGCCGCUCGCCCCCGGGGCGGGCACCGGGCCGGCUCCUGCCCCUCGGGCAGUAGAUGGGGCCGGGCCCCUGGCCGCUGGAGGCGGCAGGAAUCCGGCCCCGGAAAGCAGCCGUCCGUCCCCGCUGGGCAGCUACUCUCCCAUCCAGAGCGCCGGGCCCUUCGGCCAGAGCUCAGACUCCUCGGCCUCCUGCUCCCCACCGCCCGAAAGGGCCGGGGAUGGGCUUCCUCCCCGCAGUCGCUCCUGCCCCACGGCUGCCAACCUGCUUCCCAGUCGUCCGGUCCCCCCAGCGGGCCCCUCCCGCCGCCCGGAAGCUCCACCUUCCCAGGACCACUCCACACCUGCUUCGGAGGCCUCGCCGCUGCCCGGGUACCGGCUCCACAAGGCUCUGCCACCCCUGGGCCGAACGGAUUCCCUGGCCCGGGGCGGCGGUGAAGGCGGCGGGCCCCUUGGAAGCAUGGCAGCUCGGCCCACCAACGCCAACCACCUGUCCCCACAAGCGCUGAAGUGGCGGGAGUACAGGCGGAGGAACCCCCUGGGCCUGGCGCAGGGCUCGGGGAUGGCCAACUUGGCGAGCAGCCUGGACCGGACGCAGCAGGAGGCCUGGCUGACCCGGAGGAACCCCAUCUUCGAGUUCCCCGGUUCCCUCAGUGCCGCUACCCACCUCCACUCCCGUCUGACUGGACAGUCUGUGCGCCAGCUGCAACUGAAUUACACCGACUUUUUCCCCGACUAUUUCUCUCUGACUGAGAAACCACCGGCUGAAUUCUGUCUAUCCCCAGAUGGCAAUACUGAAUCCAUCUCCAUUGACCUCCUGCAGAAGAAAGGGCUGGUGAAGGCCAUCAACACCGCCGUGGAUCUCAUCGUGGCCCACUUUGGGACCAGCCGAGACCCGGGAGUAAAGGCCAAACUGGGCAAUAGUUCGGUGAGCCCCAACGUGGGACACCUGAUCCUCAAGUACCUGUGUCCGGCCAUCCGAGCUGUGCUGAGCGAUGGGCUCAAAGCCUACGUGCUGGAUGUCAUUGUCGGUCAGCGGAGAAACCUGCCCUGGAAUGUGGUGGAGGCCUCCACCCAGCUAGGUCCAUCCACCAAGGUCCUGCAUGGGCUUUACAGCAAGGUCAGCCAGUUCCCCGAGCUCACCAACCACUCUAUGCGCUUCAACGCUUUCAUCUUCGGCCUCCUCAAUAUCAGGUCUCUGGAGUUCUGGUUCAACCACCUGUACAACCAUGAAGACAUCAUCCAGGCGCACUACCAGCCCGUCGGUUUCCUGUGCGUGGCGCACGGCGUCUGCCAGGCCCAGUUCGAGGAACUGCUGCUCCUGCUGCAGCCCCUGUCCCUGCUGCCCUUCAGCCUGGACUUGCUCUUUGAGCACCAUCUGCUGCAGAGUGGCCACCGGCAGCAGCAGCACAAGGAGCUGCUGCGGGUUACGCAGGGGUUGCUGCAGUCUGCCCACUCCACCCUUCAGCGCUCGCGGGCCCAGAGCGCCCUUCCCAGCCCACCGCCCGGCCUCACCCCCACCGGCCUCGGGGACCGGGACCCGAGCCAGGAGGGGAUGGCCCCGGGGGAGCGGGUGAAGGGGGUAGGGGCCUCGGCGGGGGAGGAGGAGGAGGAGGAGGAGGAAGAGGAGGAGGGAGAAAAGGAGGAGGAAGAGGAAGCGGCCAAGGCGGCGGGGGCACCGGAGGCAGGCCCCGUGGGCAGCGUGGGCGAGGGCCGGGGCCGGGAGAAGGAGCGGGACCGGCAGGCUGGCUGGUGGUACCAGCUGAUGCAGAGCUCCCAGGUCUACAUCGAGGGCUCGGCGGAAACCUCCAAGUUCGGCCGCAACGAGAAGAAGAAGAAGGGGAGUGCCGCGGCCGGGGGGUCGCGCUCCGCCGAAGCCCACCGGGCCCCGCCACCCCGAGAAGGGGUGGUAGAGGGGGCCGAGGCCUGCCCUGCCCCCGAGGGCCUCGGGGAGGGGAGGCUGGAGACUGGGGUGCCGGGUGCCGUCGCCAGGGUCAAGCAGGAGCAGCCCCAGCUGGUGGAGGAGGUGGGCCCGGGCAGAGACAGGAGCUGGCCCUUCUGGAUGGGGAGCCCCCCCGAUUCGGUGCUCACGGAGCUGAGGCGUAGCCAGGAGAGAGAGGGGCCCACCGCCCCGCAGUCAGGGAGAGAGGAGGGUCCCCCAGAGCCGGGCCUGGGCUUGAGGUGGGGGCAUCUGUUCGGCUCCCGCAAGGCCCAGCAGGAGACCCGCGCUCCCAACAGACUGCCCUCAGGCUGGCUGAGCCUGGACAGGUCCGUGUUCCAGCUGGUAGCGCAGACCGUGGGCGCCGGGACCCGGAGAGAGUCGGCGCCGGGGGGACGUGGAGAGAAGGAGCCCGCCGCGGAGUCCCCCACCACGGACCGAUCCUGCGAAGUUCAGGCAUUGUGUCACCACAUGGCCACGGAGCCCGGCCACCUCAGCUUCCGCAAGGGAGAGCGUCUGCGGGUGCUGGGCCCCGCCGGCAAGGACUGGCUUCGCUGCGGCCGGGGCUCUGACAGCGGCCUAGUGCCCUUAACCCAUGUGACGCUGUCCAACGCGCACCAGGACUGAAGAUGCCCCAACCGCCCUUGUGGUCCCCUUCCCCCAAGAGCCCCCCACCGCGCCCCCAGCCCCCACCUGGCCCAGUGCAGGCCGGACUCUGGAUCCUUGGCCGUCCCCCCGCCGCCGCCCCGUGCAUGCCGGAGCCACUGGGGCCUCCCUUCGUCUCGGCCGUGGCUGGGCCUGCAGAGAGUACAGGCCCGAGCCCGGGGCCAACCGGCCCCCUGCCCCUCCACGGCCCCUGGCCCCGGCCCUCCCUGAGGGCCUGCCCGGCUCCCCUGGGAGGGUGCACGCCGGGGGCUGCCCCCACCCACGUCCCCGAGUGAGAUGUCUCCUCCCCGCUCCCGUCCUCCGCAUCUCCACUCUGCAUCGACCCCAGGUGUCCUGUCGGCCCAACCCAAGACACGUCUCAGUCCCCGGGGCCCCCCUCCUCUCCCCAGAUCUGCUGGCUCAUGGCCCCGGGUAGCAGUCACCCUGUCCUUGGGGGCCAGGCCUCGAUGCCUCCUCCCCAAGAAGAGGGAGACAUCCCCCCCCCCCCCCGACCCCCGACCUCAGAGCGAAGAGGCCCAGGCAGUGUUGCGGGGGAACGGGUGGAGGGCAGAGUGUCAGUAUUGGGACCCAACCCUGCUGUACAUAGGCUGCAGCCGCGCUAGCCUGGCAUCCCGAGAGGGGGCUGGACUGGGUUUAUUUAUUUAUUUAUGCAUAUUAAUAAAAAAGGUUCUCAGCAA